GGCAAAUCCAGGACCGGUAUUUUCCAUUCAAGAGAGGAAAAUGGACCGGAUGGUGGACCAGCACCAACUGAAGGCCACGUUCCCAUAUCUGGAUAACAUCACCAUCUGUGGUCACGACUGGCAGGAUCACAACACCAACCUCCAAUGAUUUUUCCAAGCGGCCAAAGCUUUUAACCUCACCUAUAACAGGGACAAGUGUGUGUUCGGAACCACCCGACUUGCUAUCCUUGGGUAUGUCGUGGAGAACAGAGACAUUGGCCCUGACCCCGACCGUAUGCGCCCCUGUUGGAACUCCCUCUUCCCACCACCAUCAGAGCCCUCAAACGGUGCCUGGGCUUCUUUUCCUAUUACGCCCAAUGGGUCCCUCACUACGCAGACAAGUCCCGCCCCGGUCAAGUCCACCACAUUUUCCCUCUCAGCCGAGGCCCACGCGGCCUUCAGCUGCAUUAAAGGGGACAUUGCCAAAGCAACGAUGCAUACGGUGGAUGAGACCAUUCCCUUCCAUGUAGAGAGUGACACCUCUGACUUUGCGCUGGCUGCUACCCUCAAUCAGGCAGGAAGACCGGUAGCAUUCUUCUCCCGUACCCUUCAAGGCCCUGAAAUUCAGCACUCCGCAGUGGAUAAAGAAGCCCAGGCCAUAGUGGAAGCUAUUAGGCACUGGAGGCACUAUCUCGCCGGCAAAAGGUUCACCUUGCUGACUGACCAGUGCUCAGUUGCAUUCAUGUUCAGCAACCAACAGCUGGGCAAAAUCAAAAAUGAUAAAAUUUUGAGGUGGAGAAUAGAACUCUCCACCUACAACAAUGACAUCCUGUACCAGCCUGGAAGGCUCAAUGAGCCCCCUGAUGCCCUAUCCUGGGGAACAUGUGCCAGCGUGCAGAUCGACCGGCUAUACGCGCUCCAUGCAGAUCUUAGCCACCUGGGGGUCACCUGGCUUUUCCACUUUGUGAAAGCCCAGAAUCUGCCUUACUCCCUUGAGGAUAUCAGGACGAUGACCAGGGACUGCCAAGUCUGCACUGAGUGCAAACCACACUUCUACCGUCCUGAACAGGCACAACUUAUCAAGGCCACCCGCCCCUUUAAGCGACUGAGUGUUGACAUUAAGGGUCCUCUUCCCUCCACCGACCGCAAUGUGUACUUUCUUAACAUAAUCGACGAGUACUCGCUGUUCCCCUUUGCCAUCCCCUGCCCCGAUACCACUGCCACGUCCGUCAUAAAGCCCCUGCGCCAGCUCUUCACUCUGUUCGGAUAUCCCUGCUAUAUCCACAGUGAUAGAGGGUCCUCGUUUAUGAGUGACAAGCUGCGCCAGUAACCUGCUGGCUAGGGGCAUUGCUACUAGUAGGACCACGAGCUAUAAUCCCCGGGGAAAUGGACAGGUGGAGAGGGAGAAUACCACAGUGUGCAAGGCCACACUCUUAGCCCUUAGGUCAAAGGGACUGCCGGUCUCUCGCUGGCAGGAGGUUCUCCCUGAGGCACUCCACUCCAUCCACUCCCUGUUAUGCACGUCCACCAAUGCCACCCCUCAUGAGCGACUCUUUUCUUUUCCCAGGAAGUCUGCCACUGGGACCACCCUACCAGCUUGGCCAACGACUCCAGGGCCAGUGCUGCUCCGGAAACAUGCGAGAAGCAAUAAAUACUCCCCGAUGGUCGAGAGGGUUCACCUACUUCAUGCGAACCCCCAGUAUGCCUAUGUGGUCUUACCUGAUGGGCGGGAGGACACGGUCUCCAUUCGCGACCUGGCGCCCGCAGGAGCACCAGACCCCUACCCCGAUCACUCCACGGUGACUAUGAACCCUGUACCCACCGAUGUAUAUACCCACAAGACACCGCACACACCAAGCCCUACACAGACUCCUCACGACACUCCCAUACUGGGCGCCACGCACACGCAUGAAGGGUUACUGAUGCCUAACGGGCUGGCACCUCAAGUCAGGCCGGAGCCAGCACAAUGUAGAUCGUAGCAACGGACUCGACCGUCUGAUAGACUUGACCUAUAAAUAUACUUCUCAGAAACUUCGUCCUGUGGGGACUCUCUUUUAAAACAAAGGGGGGGGGGGGUGAAUGUGGUAAACUAUGUACACACCCCCCCCCUGCUGACUGCUCCUGUGGCUCCUCCCACAGACCCCUGUAUACAGGCGAUUGAAGGCACUGCUCCUCCUUCAGUCUUCAACAUGGUCGUGUUCCCUUUUUCGCUGUUAAUAAAAGCCUAUCGUUUACUUCCAGUCUCCUAAAGUUAUUGAUGGUGCAUCAGAUAGGAACAGACUAGUUUGAAAGAGUUUAAUUGAAGUGUGGGGAAAUAUGAAGCUAUCAGGCAGGAACUUGGAAGCACAAAUAGGGAGAAGAUAUUCUCAGGGAAAUGUAUGGCAGAAAGGUAGCAAAUAUUCAGGGGAAAAUUGCGUGGCAUUCUGCAUAGGUAAAUUCCAAUGAGACAGGGAAGGGAUGAUAGGGUAAAGGAACCAUGGUGUACAAAGGCUGUUGAAAAUCUAGUCAAGAAGAAAAGAAAAGCUUACGAAAAAUUCAAAAAACUAGGUAAUGAUAGAGAUCUAGAAAAUUAUAAGGCUAGCAGGAAGGAGCUUAAGAAUGAAAUUAGAAGAGCCAGAAGGGGCCAUGAGAAGGCCUUGGGAGACAGGGUGAAGGAAAACCCAAAGGCAUUCUACAAGUAUGUGAAGAGCAAGAGGAUAAGACAGGAGAGAAUAGGACUAAUCAAGUGUGACAAUGGAAAUGUGUGUAUGGAACCGGAGAAAGUAGUGGAGGUACUUCAUGAAUACCUUGCUUCUGUAUUCACUAUGGAAAAUGACUUUGUCAAUCAUAGAGAUGACUUACAGUGGACUGAAAAGCUUGAACAUAUAGACAUUGAGAAAGAGAAUGUUCUGGAGCUUUUGGAAAGCAUCAAGUUGGAUAAGUUUCUGGUACUGGACAAGAUAUACCCCAGGCUACUGUGGGAGGUGAGGGAGGAGAUUGCUGAGCCUCUGGCAAUGUUCCUUGCAUCGUCAAUGGGGACGGAAGAGGUUCUGGAGGAUUGGAGUGUUGCAGAUAUUGUUCCCUUAUUCAAGAAAAGGAAUAGAGAUAGCCCAGGAAUUUAUAGACCAGCGAGUCUUACUUUAGUGGUUGGUAAGUUAAUGGAGGAGAUCCUGAGGGGCAGGAUUUAUGAAUAUUUGGAGAGGCAUAAUAUGAUUAGGAAUAAUCAGCGUGGCUUUGUCAAUGGCAGGUCAUGCCUUACGAGCCUGACUGAUUUUUUUUUGAGGAUGUGACUAAACACAUUGAUGAAGGUAGAGCAAUGGAUGUCAUGUAUCUGGAUCUCAGCAAGGCAUUUGAUAAGGUACCCCAUGCAAGGCUUAUUGAGAAAGUAAGGAGGAAUGGGAUCCAAAGGGACCUUGCUUUGUGGAUCCAGAACUGGCUUGCCCACAGAAGGAAAAGAGUGGUUGUAGACAUGGAGGUCGGUGACCUCUGGUGUGCCUCUGGGAUCUGUUCUGGGACCCCUUCUCUUCAUGAUUUUUAUAAAUGACCUGGAUGAGGAAGUGGAGGGAUGAGUUAGUAAAUUUGCUGAUGACACAAAGGUUGGAGGUGUUGUCGAUAGUGUGGAGGGUUGUCAGAAGUUGCAGCAGGACAUCAAUAGGAUGCAAAAACUGGGCUGAGAAGUGGCAGAUGGAGUUCAACCCAGAUAAGUGUGAGGUGGUUCAUUUUGUUAGGUCAAAUAUGAUGGCAGAAUAUAAUAUUAAUGGUAAGACUUUUGGUAGUGUGGAGGAUCAGAGGGAUCUUGUGGUCCAAGUCCAUAGGACACUGAAAGCUGCUGCACUGGUUGACUGUGUAGUUAAGAAGGCAUAUGGUACAUUGGCCUUCAUCAACCAUGGGAUUGAGUUUAAGAGCCAAGAGGUAAUGUUGCAGAUAUGUAGGACCCUGGUCAGACCCCACAUGGAGUACUGCACUCAGUUCUGGUCGCCACACUACAGGAUAGAUGUGGAAACUAUAAAAAGGGUGCAGAGGAGAUUUACAAGGAUGUUGCCUGGAUUGGGGAGAAUGCCUUAUGAAAACAGUUUGAGUGAGCUUAGCCUUUCCUCAUUGGAGCGACGGAGGAUGAGAAGUUUUUUACACAGAGAGUAAAAAAGAGAGUGAGUGUGUGGAAUGGGCUGCCAGCAAUAGUGGUGGAGGAUGAAACGACAGGGUCUUUUCAGAGACCCCUGGAAAGGUACAUGGAGCUUAGAAAAAUAGAGGGCUAUGGGUAACCCUAGGUAAUUUCUGAUGUAAGUACAUGUUCCGCACAGCAUUGUUGGCCAAAGGACCUGUAUUUUGUUGUAGGCUUUCUAUGUUUCUGUGAGGGGAAUCUUCUUUAUUCAGAGGGUGGCAGGAUUGUGGAACGAGUUGCCAGGUGCAUGCAAACUCGAUUUCAACAGUUAAGUAAAGUUUGGAUAGGUACAUGGAUGGCUAUGUCCCCGGGGAAGGGUGAUGGGACAGUUUAAACGGUUCAGCAUGGACCAGAUGGGCUGAAGGGCCUGUAUCUCUGGUGUACUUUUCUAUGGCUCCAUAUGACUGGAAAGGAAGGGGGAAGAAGAUGGGGCAAGGGAAGUAGUGUGGUAGUGUAGUGGUUAGCACAAUGGUUUUCAGUACAGGCGACCAGGGUUCAAUUUUCACCUCUCCCUGUGAAUGUGUUGGUUCCCCCCCACAGUCCAAAGGUAAUACUCACGGUGAGAAUCAUGUUAAGAUGAUCCAUGAGAGCUCUUAACUGUCAUAAAAUAGCAACUUGAUUUGUGUUAACUGCUUCACAAUUCUCGGCCAAAACCCAUUUUACACUUUUGAGUUUAAUGUCGCAAAAAUUCUUAACUCCAGUCACACCUGUACCUAAUGGAACCCAGAUCGCUGCCAUUGAAAUAGUGUUACACUAACUGUUAAUUGGUCAUUGUAAAUUGUCCUGUGAUGUCUAGGGUUAUAUCGGGGGAUUGUUGGGCGUCAUGGCUCGAAGGUCAAGAAGGGCCUAUCCCACACUGUAUCUCAAUAAAAUAAAAUAUUUAGGAAUUACAUUGAUAAGUUGUAAUGUUAUGCAUCUGGGCUUGGCUAGCUCAGUUGGUAGAGCAUGUAACUGUUAAUCCCAGGGAUGUGGGUUUGAACCCCAUGCUGGGUGUCACUGUUUUGGGGCAGCACAGUAAUGGUUAGUGUAACACUAUUACAAUGCCAGUGAUCUGAAUUCCAUUAUGUACAGGUGUGACUGGACCUCAGAAUUAUUGCUACCUUAAAAUCAAAGUGUAGAACGGGCUUAGCCAACAAUUGUGAGAAAUAAGUUUGCUAUUUUAUUAUGAGAACUAAAAGCUCUUACGAAUCUUCCUAACAUGCACUUCACAAUGAAUGUUACCUUAUUUGAGUUUGGAAAUGUAAAUGUUUCUGUUAAGAGAACAUGGUUCUGGUAUCUGGUUUAGUUUAAAGCAGCAGUCAGGGAUUGAACACGAGUUGCCAGGGAGCAUUCCCGAAUGGAAAUAUAUCUAUUAUUGGAGACUUUAUAAUACACCACUUAGAUAUUCAUGGUAAUGACGUGUAGUCUAUGUGGUAUUGUUGAAAGGAAAUCACGUUUGAUUAAUUUACCUUUCCCUGCUUUGGAUGUACUUAUGUACUCAGAUCUCUAGAAGAUAUUAGGUAAGGUGCCACAUCAAAGAUUGUUGCACAAAGUAAAAGUUUGUAGUUUAGAAGGUAACCUUUUAACAUUGAUAGAAGUUUGGAUGGCUAACAUGAAACAGAGUCUAGCAAGAGAUAGGUCUUCUGAUUGGCAAGAUGUAAUGAGUGUGUUCCACAGGGAUUAGUCAUACUGCUUAGGAACAGGCCAUUCCCAAAGUUGUAAAUCUAGUCCGCUCCAUCUUAGGCACUAACCUACAAAGUACCCAGGACAUCUUUAAGAAGCGAUGUCUCAGAAAGGCAGUGUCCAUAGUGUAAAGGGGGUUUCUUCUUUUUUCUUUGUUACUGUUGGGAAAGGGCUUCUUUGUUUUGCUAAAAGCAGGAAUGUUUCUUUGUUGCGAGAGAGUGCUGGGAGAAUUGUAUUCCUUUGUAAACCAAAUGGGGAUUAAUGUUCUUUCUUCUGAGUCUGUAAGCUUUUGUUGACGGGCUUUCGGGCAGAUCGGCGCGAGGGGGUGAGAGAGAGGACACAAUGCUGUAAACUGGGUGAGGAACGGACCCCAAGCGUGGGUCCGAGGCCAGGAGGUACUCUGAGGAGGGGGGAUGAAGCUAGAUGGGCUUGGUUGACCACUCGGAGGGUCCUGAGCUGCGAGUCGAGGAGUUCAGAGGGGAUCGAAUGGUGGCCAGAAGACUUCAGUAAUUGAGCUCCAACGGUUGUGCACGAAGUGGUUUGGACUUUGAUAAGUUUGGCACCUUUAUUUUUUUCUCUUCAUAUAUACUGUAUCGUUAUUAAUCACUUAGUUAUAGUAACCUUUAUAAAUUGUACUCAUGUAAUUGCUUAUGGUGUACUGUCUGUUUUUUGGGUGAGGCGGGGACAUCACACAGCAUCCACACCAGCUGAUUACCCAGUUUGGCGGGGCAGAAGGCUGCUCCCCCUAGACGAGAACGAGCUGAGCGAGCCUGAGGCGACCCAGGGGGUUACAAUUAUUAAAGACCUCCAGCACCCAGGGCAUGCACUUUUCGCACUGUUACCAUAAGGUAGGAGGUACAGAAGCCUGAAGGCACACACUCAGCAAUUCAGGAACUGCUUCUUCCCCUCUGCCAUCCAAUUCCUAAAUGGACAUUGAAACUUUGGACACUACCUCACUUUUUUAAAUAUAGUUUUUCUGUUUUUGCACAUUUUUUAAUGAUCUAUUUAAUAUAUGUAAUUGAUUUACUUGUUUAUUAUUAUGUUUUAUUUUAUUUAUUAUUAUUAUUUUUCUCUCUCUGCUAGAUUAUGUAUUGCAUUGAACUGCUGCUGCUAAGUUAACAAAUUUCACAUUGCAUGC